UUAUGAAAUAAUCAUAAUUAUAGUGCUAAAGUGAAGUGCAUAAAAUGUUGAAUUGUUGCUGCAAUAAAUCUCUGCAAAAUAUAAAAAGUGUGACAAAAAAAAAUUCAGUUAAAGUCAAGCGAGCAAUUUAUUGAGUAAAGGGCUGCAACAUGAGCUAAAGCUCUCGUUUGAAAACUCAUUUCCUACACAAGUUGCCAACACCUUUGCGGACAUGACAAAAUUGAUAAAAUGCACUAUCAGCGAGGAAGACGAAGAUGAAGAUCCGCAGCUAGAAUUGAAAAGUGUUGAACAAGUCUACGAUAUGAUAACCUAAUUUAGCAGCCAGCGAAUUUUUUACAGACAGCAACGAAAGCAACAACAACAACAACUGACAAACUGUUUGUUUAUAAAAUAACAACGUUCAAGUUUACGCGCGUGUGUGAUCGAGCGAGCUAUAGAAAAAUCUUGUGCAACUGCAGCUGUAAUCUUUGAUGCGAAGAAACCUGCGUCUGGACUGGAGGGCCCUGGCGCUGCUGGGCGCCCUCCUCUCAUUCAUCAUAGCCUGGCCUGGCCUGGUGUUUGCCAUGCCAGCGGCAACGAUAUCGAACCAAUUAACAAACAUUACGCACUCAAAUUUAAGUUAUGCAAAUAGUUAUAAUAGUUCUAACAAAAGUGAUAGUAGACAAGCUGCAGUGCUGCAGAGUGAAAUUAGUUUAUCAAUCAAUCAAAGUAUUAGUGCUGAAUUUAAUAUACAAACUGCCAUAAACAGAACAGCAGCAGCAGCAGCAGCUACAGCAGCAGCAACUGUUGCUAACUCUUUAGGCUUUAGCAUUGCAGCAGCGCCGCAUGAGCAUUUUGCAAUACUCUCACGCACUGAGCGCAGCAUACGGCAUCAAAAUCAGCAGCAGCAGCAGCAGCAUGUGCAACAUCGACAACAACAGCAGCAGCAAUUGACUGCUGCUGGCAACAUUAAUUUCAUUGGUUCGAAAUCGAAAAGACUGAAUAAUUCUAGAAAUAAUCUACACAUAAAUAGCAGUAACAGCAACAGCAACAACAGCAACAAUCCCAACAUCAGCAAUUUGGAUCGCAAUGAACGCUCAACAAUCUCGCACUUAGCUGGACCAUCGCGCAAGAUACAGUUAUAUAUAAAAAAUCGUAUGCUACAACUAUUGCCCGAUGGCAGCGUCAAUGGCACAACAGAUGAGCAAAGUGAAUACACUAUACUACAGCGCUCCACGGUGGAUGUGGGACGCAUUAAGAUACAAAGUGUGGCCACUUGCUUGUAUCUCUGCAUGGAUGCAUGUGGCGCAGCCUAUGCCUCGAAAGACUUCACCGACGACUGUGUCUUCAACGAGAACAUGGAGCUGCAUAACUACAACACCUACUCCUCCACCUACAACUCGAAUGCAAAGCGAGUCUUCUACUUGGCGCUCAAUCGUCAUGGAACGCCGCGUCGCACGCAAAUUCCAACCUCCAGAACAUUGGGCAAGCUCUCCACCUAUACAAAUGCAAUUACCGAAACGGUGCCGCAGCAGCGUGUGGAGGAGCUCAUAGCCAAGAAUUUUGGAGCCAAUCGCGUUAAGCAUGGCGUGCGCCAACUCUGUGAUACAGGCAAGCCGCUCAUCGAGCUCAUCGAUGCGGCGCACUUCAAGGCGCUGCCACAUUGCAGCAGCAGCAGCGGGAGUAGCAAUAGUAGUAGUAAUAGCAGUAGCAGUAGCAGCAGCAGUAACGUUCCUGUUAGCCUGAUUAGUAUUAGCAACAGUAGUCAAAGCGUCAGCGGCCAUAUUAGCAGUAGCAAUAGUAGUAGCAUUAGCAGUAGCAUUAGUAGUAGCAACCAGCAGCAGCAGCAGCAGCAUAAAAAGCAUAAAAAGCGCAAAUGCCGCCCGCAUGAGCAUGAGGAGCAGCACAAUUGCCAGCGACGCGUUGCAGGUCCUGGACAAAUGCGCAAACUUGGACCCAAAGCGCAGCUCUGCAAGGAGCGACGCAUGCAGGCAGCGCUUACUGGUGGCCCGCCGCCAGAUUGUGGCAAGAAGAAGCAACACAAUGCAGCUGCAGGCACGCGAGCUGCUCAGCAGAAGCCACCAAAAGCUGCUGCUGCCAAAAAGAAAUCUACAAAGGGCGGCAGACAGCGCAGCCAAGCAGCAAAUGCUGCCAAGAAGCAGCAGCGAUUAGCCAACAAGCGCCAGAACAACAAGCGGCAGCGCCUAAUCGAACCCAGCUCCACCAGCACCUCCACCACCAUGGCCAGCAGUUUGGCUACGCCUGGCAGCAACAGCUGGGAGCACAGCUCGCCAAUGCCUGCGCUGGCUUUAAGUGAAACCAGCGAUCGUGUUGAGCGCAAUGUGCGCAUGAGCUUAGCCAGCGCUGAGGCGCAGGAGGAUGCAGCCGAGGACGACGACGUGGAUUCACAUGAGGAUGCCAGCUAUGAAGAUGCACGCAGCGGCGCUGGCGACGAUUCGCAGUACUACGAUCUUGAUUUCCUCCAAUUGUUGAUAAUCCAGCAGCUGACCAUAUAUUGGCUAAGAAAGACCUCCAAUCGUUAAAUAAACGGAUCCCCACCAGCGCACACAAGCCAUAGUUCCUGAUCUGAUAGCCAUAAUGAGUUCUAUAAUUGUAUAUAUAAUAGACUAAGACAUUUACUAUUUGUAUUAAACAUUUUACA